CUAUCUAUCUAUCUAUCUAUCUAUCUAUCUAUCUAUCUAUCUUAGAGUAUAAUAAUACAAUAUGCACACAUUCAUAAAUGAUAACUAUCGAAGGCCUGCGUAUUACUGAUGUAUAUAUCCGGACAUAUGUAUUUUUGUGCUCACGCACACACGUACACAUUAACACACAAACUCCCAGAAACAGCUUGAUUUCUCAACAUUCAUACCACCUACAAACUAUGAAAAGCAAAAGCAAAGACCACUACAAUGUAAAAAUAACGCCGAAGGCUCCGGAACAAAUUCCGUUGAUCACCUCUACACCCUCACCAGUAUUACGCAUUCUUUAGUAGGCAGUGUGGAGAAGAGAGGAGAGCUUCCAUAUACUAUGAGGCAGCAGCCCUCACAGAGGUAGUAGUAAAGAGUUUAUUAAGUAUAGUGCUAGUGAUCAAAUAUUCAUUGGUGUAAGAGCAGCUACGUCUGUCUCAAAGCAGGCUUCUCCGCUAGGUAGCCCAUAUUAAAUUUCUACAUGGCCAGCCGCGAACAUCUAUAUUUUAUACCCCUGUAGCCUCUCUUCCUCCCUUUAGUUUCAUUAUUUCAAUAAAACAUCUGAGAUCUGGUCUCCAAUGCUCUCACCGAAAUUGACUUUUCUAAUUCCAAGCUGCGGGCCAACACUGAACGGCCUUCUUAAUAAUUAAUACGGGUUGGCAGGAGCGCGCUAGCUUAUUCGGUAAGCCCCGUGUUUAAAUAUGCUCUCUCAUGAAUAUUUGAUGACGGCACCUCGCAACCGCCGUAAAUAAUUAAUGAAAUCCACGGUAAAACCAUCCAUUUCAGAUGUGAGCUCUUAUUUCCACCAGGAGGCUUUUAGACCACUGAGGGCGCGGAGCAGACAGAACGAAAGACUCACAGAACAGGAGGAGAAAGAGGAAAAGAAGAGCCGGGAGGAAAAGUAUACAUCAUCGCGGACAAGUAGCCUACAAGUUGGGAGAAGAAAAGGGAGGUGAAAAAGAAAGAGAAAGAGAAAGAGAGGCAGGCAGGCAGGCAGGCAGGCAGGCAGACAGGCAGAGGACCAAUUCGUGGUUGGACAGGUUCUGUAGACGUAGAUUGUGAGGGAAAACACGAGGAGACAGACCAUCGCUUGCUGCCAGGAGACACAAGCCGGUGAACGAGCGCUCAGCCAUUUACUUAUUAUCCUGUGUUCCAGUUUGAUGUUGACGCUGAUUGACUAGGUCAUUAUGGAUUCAAAUGUAGUUGUGAAAAAAGAGCCAGCAGACGCAGACGCUAACAACGGAGAGGAAGAGAACUGCAGUGGAAGCAGCAUCCAAUCAAAUAACAACAGCACAAGCGAAGCGACCACUUUGCCAGUUUCAAACCCGGGUCCUGUGAGGUAUGUCAGCAGAAGAGGCCGUCCUCCAGGUGGAGGCUACUCCAUGAAGACAAACCCCAACUUCAUCAACUUCAAUUCCAGCCCUCUUGUGACGUCAGCAGAGUAUGGGCACCCGUCCUCGUCAUCGCUUUCCCCCCAAGAUCUCCUGAAGAGUUCAGCAGGAGACAGCUUUGAUAUUCGACGGUUUGGGUUCCCGAAUUUUGACGCGGACAAGAACUCUUUUCGCUGUGACGGAUGUGACAUUGUAUUUUCUAGUAGAGACACCUAUGCGAUGCAUAUGCUACUACGCGCCAAAAACGAGUCUUGCGUUGCUUUACCAACCUCCGCUAUAUCGUCGAAUCCAGAAAAUCCAACGCCAAGAGAGAAAUUUGAGAGAGAGCUCCGUCAACAGGCAAUGCUAUCCGCACUCAGAAACCAGGCCACAGCUAUAUCUAAGGCAGCUGCUGCAGCAAGCAUCCUCCCUAAAACCUCGGCACUGUCAGAGUCGUUAUCAGCUCUGACCCGUCCGACGACCUCAACUAAAGAGAGAACGGUGGGGACUUCGCCUGAUGUCUCACCCAGCUUUGGCAGCCUUUUCUCCUUAGACACUUACGGCAUGUAUCUAGAUCCUCGCCACUAUCGCAGACUCUUGGCUGAAUACGGACUGAGAGCGUCCAGUUCGACGGGAUCUCUGGCGGCAAUGAUGGAGCAGUUGAGUUGCAGCGUUUGUGGGGAACUCUUCAGUAACAAGGACGCCUUAGCCAUGCACAUGAUGUUCCACACGAGAGGGGACGAGGGGGACUGUAAAGACGCCGUGGCCUGGAAAGCUGCAGCUGCAGCCGCUGCCACAUCCAUCCCGCACCCAGACACUGAGAGACGACGCACUGCAUCCGGGUCUCCGAAUAACUCCCAAGACUCGACGGCUGCCAGCAGAUCCGAGGUGGGGAAGAGGAGGGACGGUUCCCAAUCUGGGGACCGCCAGCUGACAGCGGAGAGGGUGGCCGAGCUCAAGCGUAUGGCAAUUGAGUCAUCUCUAAGGGCGUCUGCUAGUAAAGCGGGGAAAUUCUCUGCUUCUGCGUCGUCCAAGACGUCACCUCGACCGAAAAGUGUCUCUGAAGACAUGUCAGUAACCUCGACAGCGCAGUCAAGACCGUUGUCUGCUGAUGACGCAAUCAAAUUUGCCAAUGCUUCUUACAGUGACCCUAGAAAAUCUCUUUUUGCCAACAGUUCUGGGGGGAAAUCGAAAUCUCUGAGUAUUGAGAACAGACAUUUAUUUGGGACGGACUACAGGAAGAGGUACGCUUCCUCGUCCAUUAGCGAUCAUGUUUUUGACAGUUGGCAAUGGUCACUGCAGCCAAGUAGCAGGAAGCAAGCGAGGUACGAUCGAGACUUUUACGCUGACCUCUCUCGUAGCUAUCAGGCUGUAGCCUUGGACCCCCAAAACGGUGACAAAAACGCCAAAGUGUGUGACAACCACGUCUCGUCUGCGUCUGGACCCCAGGAUUCGGACGAAACUUCUGAUGGCUUUUCGUCCUCUGCGGAAAAUGCCAGUGCUGCAGAUAGAGAUAAGGAGGAAACAGCCAAAGUUCCCAAAACUCGUGGCUCCCCCUAUCUAGAUGCUAUCAUGUCCAAUGAGGCUGUACUCGUCCCUUUAGAACCGGACGAAGCGAUGAAUGAAUCAGAUCUGACCAGGAAUCUCAUAUCGGUGGAUGACCACUCCCGCGACGCUUCUGUGCCAGCUUUGGACUUCAGUUUUGCCUCUCGCAAGAGCAUCACCAACUCCUCUCACUCUCACGUCCAGAACCCCUUCUCCUACAGCGCCAGAGAUAGACCACAGUCGGAACUUUCUCAUCAAAACGGAACUGAUGUGUAUUCUAAUGAAGAAUCUUUUGAUAGUUACAGUGCAUCAAGAAGACGAAGUUUCUCCCACCCCAACGGCGCUAUGGAGUCGCUCGCCUCGAGUAAUUCGGACCUCGUCCACCGAUCGAGCAACGGUUCGAAAUAUUUCCCCUCCUCCACCCCACCUUCCUCCUUAUCCUCCUCCUCCCUCGCCGCUGUAUCUGGCUACCCCACCACCACCACCAUCACGACUACAACAACCACACCGGGAAGCACGCCACCAGGGGGAACAGCCCGAUCUGUCCUAGACGGUGACGUCAUUGACGAACGGGGUCAUGGGUCAGGGACUCCUCGCGACGUCACGCGGGCAUCUCCCUCCAGGACGAACGAGGCCCGUUACUGCCCCCACUGUGAGAUCCUGUUCCUCGACGUGACAUUGUUCCACCUGCACAUGGGGCUACACAACGUCAACAACCCAUGGCAGUGUAACACCUGCGGGAUUGUCUGUGCCGGCAGACUCGAGUUUAAUACACACGUCCUACAUUAUUGACGACUCUCUUUCAACAAGAAUUGCCGUACGUUUGCCUGUGGGUCUGCCAGAGUUUUUUUGACUGUCUGUAUUAUUUAUAGAUCUUUUAUAUCUAUGUACGUCUGACUUUUAUUUUAUAUGCUUACAUUUUUAUUAUGUGUCUGUCUACUUCUUGACUCCCCCC